ACUUGUAAGACGUUUUUUGUCUCUGGCUUAUCGAAAUUAAAAUUUUAUAAUCAACUAAAGUUUCAUACCAUUAUUUCGAUGAAUUCCUCAAAUUAUAACCCAUAUACCAUGAAAGUUCCUCUUCAAAGUCAACAACAAACUGCUUACAGUUAUCAACCUCAGCACUCAUAUCGACAACAAACCUACCAACACUUAGUACCUACUCCACAACAAUACUCUUAUAACCAGCCUCGUCGUCCUGUGUUUGCACCUGCUUAUUACACGACUUCAUACGGACGUUCUUUGCCAAAUAAAAGUGCUCAUACGCCCACAAACGGUUCUUUUACACAAGCUCCACGAAGGGUUACGCGACGGGGUAAUUUUUACAUAAAUUUUCUACUAAAUAUCUUAUAUCAAAUUUAUUAAAGUUGCGAUCUACAAACGCAAAAAAAUGAAACUUUCUAGCUUCUGAAACAAUGAAUUUGCAACACAAUAUGAUUUCGAAAACCAACUCGUCAAAAAAAAAAUUUUAUAGCACUUAUGCGAGUCGUUUAAAGCAAGGGAAUACCGCUUUAGUCUUACCAAUGAUAAGAGGAGGGAAAAAACGACAACGUGGAGGUGGGCACGGCUCUCUUGCCGAAGAUUCUGAUGACGUAGCAGACCUAUUUGAAGACGAAACUAGAAAUACGCCACCCUUGGAAAAACGUUCUGCAAACGGAGUAACUGCAAAUGGUGAUAUUCCUGUUGUGAAGCGGGCAAGAAGUAGAACUAAACAUGUAUACAAUUCUCACAAAGAAUUGGAACGCAAUGCAGAGCAGAAAGAAAUCCUAAUACCUAUAAAACUAGAUUU